GAAGGUGCUUAUCCCGACGUGUAUGUUUGUACAAUUUGUUUAUUUGGAAUAUUUUUCAGCCUUUCACGCCAUGUUAUCUCCAACUAAAUUGAACUGAAGUGUAACCCAUUAAAGUGGGCUGAUUCUGAGAAGGCUGUUAUGGAUAGUUUAAACGAUUAUGAGGAGACCUGUAAAAGCGAGGAAAUAAUAAUGGACAUCUGAGAGAGACGUAUGUAAACAUAUAUAUGCAUAUAUUUUUUUCCUUAAUUGAAUCAAAGUGCAUGACAGAAGGACGGAGGACACGCAUCUGUUUAUCAGAAACCUGUUAGUCUGUUAUCAUCUCUCAAAAGGACUACUGAAUCCAGCUACUGUAAAUCGUUUUGUGAAGUGGAUCAUCGUGCGUUCUGUGUACAAUCCUAAUUCAUUCCUCUACUAUUGAAACCGUGUGUGUGAAAGAGAACUCCUUUUAUCAUUUAUUUCUUGGCUCAGUGUGAAAUUCUGCGCCACUUUGUCUUCAGAGUGUUACAGAGCCGCUUGGGUUUCAUACGCUGUUGUGAAGUUUUACGGUACGUCCUGAAGGUUUGCCUCAGCAGCUAAUAAUUUCAGCAGCAUGGCCUUGCCUGAUAAUUCCAGUGGCAUUUCAGAGGAGCUGGCCUUUCCAGAGAUUAUUGAACUCAAUGUAGGGGGCCAGGUAUACAUAACUCGUUACUCAACUCUCACUAGUGUUCCUGACUCGCUUUUAUGUGAAAUGUUCAGCCAGAAAACUGCCAAGAGCCUGGCACGCGACACCAAGGGUCGCUUUUUUGUUGACCGUGAUGGCUUCCUGUUUCGCUAUAUCCUAGACUACAUGCGAGACCAGCAACUUGUUCUGCCUGACCAUUUCCCAGAGCGAGGGAGACUACAACGCGAGGCUGAGUAUUUCAACCUUCCUGAGCUAGUCAAGUUUCUGGCUCCAAAGAUCAGCAAGCAGAACUCACUGGGUGAUGAUGGAUGCCAGAGUGACCCAGAGGAGUCAUCACCCAGUGCCGAUGCUAGCCGGAACUUGACAUCUUUGGGGACAGCGACCUGCAGCACCCUAGGAGCCAGUGACGGCAAGCGCACUGGGUUCAUCACUAUUGGCUACCGAGGCUCCUACACAUUGGGCCGUGAUAGCCAAACUGAUGCCAAGUUCCGGCGUGUAGCCCGGAUCAUGGUAUGUGGGAAGACAUCAUUGGCCAAAGAGGUUUUUGGAGAAACCCUGAAUGAAAGCCGUGACCCUGACCGGCCACCAGAGCGGUACACCUGUCGCUACUACCUGAAGUUCACUUUCCUUGAACAGGCUUUUGACAAGCUGGCUGAUGCUGGUUUUCACAUGGUGGCAUGCAACUCGACAGGCACAUGUGCUUUCACACAUGACCAAACUGAUGACAAGAUCUGGACCAGCUACACGGAAUACGUUUUCUACCGUGAGUGAGACCACAUCCGUGUUCCUGACCCUUCUCCUCCCAAAUCCACUUGCCCCUCACUGAGAUUGUGCUCCCUUAGAUGCAGACGCUUCUAGAUCACCAUCCCAAACCUUCAACCAGACUUGCCCUUUAUGCAUCUUGUCAUGGUUUACCACUUCCCCUCUCUUCAAACCAACUCUGUCCCCUCAGCUAGAAACAGCUUCUGAUACUUGUGUAACCAUGUCUGGCCUUUGUGAAGUACUCCGUCAUCCGUCAGGGUUUCGAUUUUGUGGUGUUCUCUUGCUUUUAAACUAGCAAAAGCCUAUCUGAAAGGGCUUGGAAGGGGCCUCUCUGUAUCUCCAAGUAGCUUUGGCACCAAACUAUUAACAGUGGCAUUCUUCUCAUCAGACCAUCACAUAAGUGGACAUUCAUAGCCUUCUUGAAUGUUGGUAAUCUGUAGUGACAAGUCAUUCAAUCAUUCUAAUGUUAAACUAAAUAUUUUGGGAUGGAGCCAUUAGGAAACCAGCAGGUAGACAAGAUAAACGAGAAAUCUGGUUCAGGAUGAACCAGAAGUCUAAUCUCUUUGAUUGCGAGACAAGCAUGCCAUUCUUAAUCUGCAGUGUGACUGCAUGUAAAUAAGCUAGAGUUGCCACUAUGGCACAAGAAAAUCAAAUGACUUGCCAUGUUUAGUUUCUGUCAAUCCACAGCAAAGUGUGUUCAUGAGAAAAGAAAUUAAUGUUAUGCUGUCAUAAUUCUAACUAGAACAAAGUGUUACACCAGAAGGGGAAUUUGCCUUUUUGCCAAAGCACAUCAAGGGCUGAACUCUGAGCAGAAGGCCAUGGAACAUGCAGACAAAAAAGGAUUAAGGUGUUGCCUGAAAUCUGCUCACGAGAGCCUUUUGAGAUGUACUGAUAGUGACAUGAAGCAUUUUGUGUUAUUUGUGCUGCAAAGAAAAAUGCUAAUCAAAACAUUUCAUUUUCCCCCUUUUUUGACACUUCAGUGUCUUGUUUCCAGCCACAAUCUUUGU